AAAGAAACCAUCUUUUCUUUCUUUUUCUUGCCCCCCUGCUUUGAUAAUUUUCUCGGAGGGUUUUCUCACGAAACAAACAACCACUGCCCAGAAGAGGCGAGGAGCCAAAAAAAAAAAAGGAGAGAGAAAGAAGAGAGUGGGCACUGGGCAGCUCUCGGCAGAGCCAUUUCAUCCUCUCAUCUCCCAAAUUUUGCGAUUUUCCGGUGCUCAGUCGAUCUGUUCGUACCGGGUGUGAUUUAUCUUCGAGAUUUUUCUUUUCGGUUGUCUGAAGCUUGUGGGAUAAUCUAGAUUUGGGGCAGUUGGGCUAUAAUAAUGUGUUCAUGAUGUAUUUUUUUCGGGGGUUGAAUGAUUCUUUUUGACCGUUGAAAAGAGAUCAGAUAAAAAGCAAGGAAAAAGGAACAUGGAAGAGUGUGUCGUUACGUUUUCUCUGAGAUAAAGACAUGUUCGGUUGUGUUUUUUCCUUGCGGGAUGUCGUCAGUCAGAGGGAACUUUGAGUUGGACCGAACAAACAACCCUCGUACGUUUCUUUUCUUCCUUUCAGUCAUGGAUGCUAUGUGUCAUAAAGGGAUUUUCCUCGAUGCCGUAAACUAGAGUUGGGGCAUUUGGCAUCUGGGUUUCUUUUCUCGAUUGUGAGGAGAAAUCUCCGGCUGUGGUUUUGGCAAAAUUUGACGAAUAUGCCGAUGUUUCAACCGUCGAAGAGGGGUGGUGUUAUUGGGUUUGAGGGCGGUGGUGAUGGUCAGGUCUUAGAUCUGUAUACAGCGGUGAAGGACGGUGUUCUCGGCGGCGUUAAUGGCGGUAUCGGCGGCGAUGGGAAGAUUGCAGUUGACGAGAACUUGGAUCUGAAGAAGAUGAUCGCGGAAAUGGAGUUAGCCGACAUACCCACGGUGUUCAUUUGUCCGAUCUCGCUCGAGCCGAUGCAAGAUCCCGUGACCUUGUGUACUGGUCAAACCUACGAGCGGUCCAACAUUCUCAAGUGGUUUAGCCUUGGCCACUUGACCUGCCCAACGACAAUGCAGGAGCUUUGGGAUGAUUCGGUGACUCCCAAUAAGACCCUUUACCAUUUGAUCUAUACAUGGUUUUCGCAGAAGUAUUUGCUGAUGAAGAAGCGGUUUGAGGAUGUGCAUGGAAGGGCAAUCGAGAUUUUGGGCACUCUUAGGAAGGCCAAGGGACAGGCUAGGGUUCGUGCAUUGAGCGAGUUGAGGCAGGUCGUUGUUGCUCAUUCCACGGCUAGGAAGACAGUGGUGGAUGAGGGCGGCAUUUCCGUCAUUUCGUCCCUUCUAGGCCCUUUCACUUCCCACGCUGUGGGAUCUGAGGCUGUCGCAAUUCUGGUAAAUCUGGAUCUUGAUUCAGAUUCGAAAGCCGGUCUGUUGCAGCCGGCAAAGGUUUCCUUGAUGGUUGAUAUGUUGAACGAUGGUUCGAUGGAAACCAAAAUCAACUGCGCGAAAUUGAUCGGGAGCUUGGUGGAGGAGAAGGGUUUUAGAGCAGAGCUCGUUUCGAGUCACAGUUUGCUGGUUGGAUUGUUGAGGCUGGUGAAGGAUAAGAGGCACAAAAACGGGAUUUCCCCUGCUCUCAGGUUGCUCAAAUCGAUAUCGGUUUACGAUCAAGUUCGGAACUUGAUGGUUAGCGUAGGAGCAGUUCCUCAACUGGUUGAUCGUUUGCCCACGUUGGAUCCCGAGUGUUUAGAACUAGCUCUUUUUGUGUUGGAUGCUUUGUGUUUGAGCCUGGAGGGAAGAGUUGCUCUAAAGAAAUCUGAAAACACGAUACCGAACACUGUCAGGAUACUGAUGAGGGUAUCGGAGAAUUGCACUGGCUAUGCCCUUUCGAUUCUAUGGUGGGUCUGCAAAUUGGCUCCAGAAGAAUGUUCGCCAUUAGCUAUCGAGGCGGGUCUUGCUGCAAAGCUCCUCCUCGUGAUCCAAAGUGGUUGCGAUCCGGCCUUGAAGCAGCGUUCAUCUGAGCUACUGAAGCUCUGCAGUCUAAAUUAUUCGGACACCAUCUUCAUUUCCAAAUGCAAGCUUACGAGGACAAUCCAAUAGAGACAGGAAAGUUUUCAACUUAGUCACUCAAUCCCUAAACCCUUGAGGAAAUUGUUCAAUACAGAAAUUCAUGUAAUGGGGUUGCUGAGGUCUGGCUCUUCUUCCAUGCAGCCUGAUGUGUAUAGAUGAAAAAGAUCUUCGAAUUCCAGUUAUUGGUUGGAUCAUAAUGUAGACAGAGAAUCUUUUCAUUUUUGAGCUUUUUGGGUCAUUGCUAGUUCAGUGUGUACAACUGGGAAAAAAAAUAUCGAAAAUCUUUUCAUUUUUCUCCUAUGAUCUUUUCACGAUUCUCUGAUCUAAGUUUGUAGAUAUGCAGAUUUUCCCAUUGUGUGUGUGUGUAUGUAUGUGCGUGUGUAUACACUGUGUAUGUGUUUCUUGAAGAA